AUCACACUGUGUUUGUUUUGGUCGGGCAGGGCUCGCUCGCUCGUCGUCUGAUUCUAAUUAUUGCAAGACCCAGUUUAGCAUAAAUUCGCAUCGUUUGCGUGGCCAAGUCUUCCGACUCCAUGAUUUUCCUCCGCAUAAUGUGACAAAUUAAAAUAUAUGUACCGGACAGCUGGCUAAAGCAGACAUGAUGGAUGAAAACUGGGAGGAAGACAGUCUCCUUGUGUUCAACAGGGUGGACUCGGAUCAGGUCAUAUACCAGCGAGAGCCGAAAGGGGUGAAAAUGAUUGGACGCUAUGUUGUUGGCGAGGUUCUUGGAGAAGGCUCAUAUGGCAAAGUAAAAGAAGCCCUGGAUCAAGAAACAUUGACACGGAGGGCAAUAAAAAUACUGAAACGAAACAAGCUGAAACGAAUUCCAAACGGAGAAGCAAAUGUUCAAAGAGAAAUAAAACUAUUGUCUAGUCUGAAACAUCCCAACGUGAUAAGUUUAAUAGAAGUAAUGAAAAACGACGUCAAGGAUAAACUGUAUAUGGUUUUGGAAUUCUGCUUGUCGUCCCUGCAAUCACUUCUCGACUCUGUCCCUGAUAAGAAACUGCCGCUUUCACAAGCACACUACUAUUUCUGUCAAUUAAUAGACGGGCUCGAAUAUUUACACAGCCGUCGAAUCGUGCACAAAGAUCUGAAGCCUGGAAAUUUGCUCUUGACCAUGGAUGGCACUCUAAAAAUCUCAGACUUUGGAGUCGCUGAGGUUGUUGGGCUCUUUGACCCUGAAGACUCGUGUCAAGACGGCCAAGGCACCCCAGCAUUUCAACCCCCAGAAAUCGCCAAUGGCGUGAAUAAUUUCUCCGGAUUUAAGGUUGACAUUUGGGGUUCAGGCGUCAGUCUGUUCAACAUGUGCACAGGCCAAUACCCGUUCGAGGGAGACAACGUCUAUCGGCUGUACGAAGCCAUCGGGAGAGGAACCUUUACAAUGCCUUCCAACCUGGACCAACCUUUGGCCGAUCUUUUGUCAGGCCUUCUCUGUGCAGACCCCAACAAACGAUUCAACUUGAACCAGGUGCGUCACCAUCAGUGGAUCGUGCGGAAAUUGUCGAGAUGUGAACCAUGGGUGGAGUGUCCUGGAGACCGGGUUCACUCUAUGAGUGUUCUCCCAUACUUGCAUGAUCUUCACUACGGCCCUGAUCCUGAGCAACAGGACUUUUACACACAACGCCAGAUCAAUGAGGCAAAGCAGCUAGCUGAAGAGAACCGAGAUAAAGAGCUAAGAAACAACAAUACGAAGACAUCAUGUAUUUCAUCCAAAAAGUUUUCGUCGUGUAGACAGUCUUAAGUAAAGGACGCAAUUUUUUAUUCUGAUGUGCACACUUCCUGUCAUCAUAUGUGAUUAUUAUUUUCAGUGGGAUUAGAAUAACUUGAUUCAUAUAUGUUAAUAUUAAUUUACUUGUGACUAUCGCACUCAGUGUUUAAUGAUUAUUUAACUAAUUUUUUUCAUCCCACACCAGAUCAAAAAUGGCAUGGCUCUUAUAGAUAAAAAAAAUCGCAGAUGCAAGUGACGCGACUCGAUUUUUCAGUCAUUUUCUGCUGUUUCAAAGUGUGGUAAAAUUUGUACAAAAUAAAAAGUUACAAAAUA